AUGCAUGUAUGGUCUGAAACGCUCUCGGCGAACACCAUAAUAGCUAUUGAUUUUACAUUGUUGGUUCUGUUUGAACACAAAAGAUCAUCGCAAAUAUUCAACUUUCAGAGGUUGCGGACUGAAAAUCGUCUCCUAAGACAAAGGAUCGAUUACUUGGAGCAAGAGAGCUCAGCACUAGCAGAUCGACUCAUAAAAGGCCAAGUAAAUUUGGCGCAAGAAGCUGAAAACUGUAUGAGUAUAUCACAUGAAUUACACCAAUUGCGAGAUAUCAACUCAGAUGCUCAUCGACGGUUGGAAGAGGCUUACGAUACGAUCAGAGAAUUAAGUUGUAAGAGGAAUGAUACUUUCACUGAUACGGGAACACAAGUGGAUGAUACAUCGAUGAUCGAGCACAUUCAUGCUUUACAACAGGAGUUGAUCGAGACGCAUGUUAGGGAGGCUGAUAAUGAAAUAUCGAUUAGAGAUCUCAAGCAACGUGUGCAGGAAUUGGAGCUGUCAAACAAAAGGUUAAAGGAAAGACCACCCGACGAUGGUAUUGCGGGUCUGCAAGAGGAAUUGAUUUCGGUGAAAAUGCGAGAGGCUGAAGCAUCGUUGUCAUUGAGGGAAAUGCGUCAAAGGCUUGCUGAGCUGGAACAACAUUGGAGGGUAAGUGGUGCUUCAUUACUGUUCAGCUAUUUCUUCAUUCAUACGAUUUUGAGUUCAGUCGAUGAAGUACCACACUGUUGCAAGUCAUUUAUAAUUUGCCAAACAUCUUCAAAAUAUGAACAAUCGCGAACGGCCGAAAGUAAUGCGUCGCAAGCAACAUCACCGAGAGUUGGUAGCGAUGGUACAAUAAAUGCACAGUUUAACGACAAUUCCACUUCAAAUACGAACUCAGCUAAUGACCAAUCUCCAUCAUCAACUUCUGCAUCAGCUGGAAUGCAAUGUCAGUCACAAGCACAACAUUCGCCUCCUCUUUCGUCAAGUGCUCCCCAGAGUGCACGUCAGCGUUUAGCUAAACUCACAGCAUCAUUAAUUGGUGUUACAAGCGUUGAUUGUAUGGACGGCGCUUCUGAAUCUGUCAGGGAACUAGAGGAUCAGUUGAUGGGGGUUAGAAUUCGUGAAGCCGAUACUGUUGCCGAACUAAAGGAAAUGCGUCAGAAAGUUAUGGAACUUGAGACUCAGAAUCACGUUUGCACAAAUCAGUUAAAAAGGCAAGAUGAAGAACUGAAGCGUUUGCGUGAACAAAGGGAUGACAGCUUACAGAAGGUAAAGGAAACGAAUGAUCAAAUUCGUGAUGAACGAAGAAAAGCGAUUGAAAUGGAGAGUAAACUAAAGGAGGAAUCUGUUAUGCAACGUCUAAAAUACAGUGAAGCAAUGCAACAUAUUGCUGACCUCAAACAAGCAGUUGCACAACUCGAGCUCAAGAAAGCCGAAAAGUGGACUCACGCACAACUACGAGGCAGUUCGGUUUGCGACUUAGAUGACGACUCGGUAUAUCGAUUUCUGAUUUUCUCGGAUUUCGAUGCAACUGAAAUUGUUAUGCUGCAGCUGGGCGGUGUGCUGGGUUCACGACAGUCGGUGACGAGUGGUGAUGCGGCAUCGUUUGAAAGCGAGGACUUGUCGGCACUUAUCGCCGAUAUGACCGUUAGAAUACCCGAAUUUAGUGAUGACUUCUUGUUGCCGUCGGUUCAAGAGGACGGUUCGGCGACCGAAACCGAAGAGAAAUGUUUGCUGAAGAAACAGAAGUUGAAUGAAGAAGACGGUAAUGAUACAACUGAUAGUGGAUUGCAAAUGAGUGAUGCGUCGUAG